AUGGGCGGUCAUGCCUUCAAAAACCUCUACUGUCCACGCAUCAAUCCAGAUGUAUACUUCCAAGUCAAAGCCCAAGCUACUACAGCACUUCAGAUAGUAUUCACACAUGUAGUCGUCCCAGCUGAGAUGCCCGAGAAGAACGACUACGGCGACAUCGACUUCCUCGUUUGUAGCCCGUUGCACUCCCCACGUCCUCACACCAUAAAUGAUUUCCCAUGGGAAGAAACAGUCCAGCUUACCAAAGAUGCCUUUGGAACAACACAUGGACGCCGAGGCUAUCUCACCAAUGAUUGCAUGUAUUUCGCCGUCGAUGCGUCAUGUGAUGGAGAAGACUACUUUAUCCAGAUUGACGUUAAGGUCUGCUUCAAGCCAGAGUUGUUCAAAUGGUACACCUUUGGACUUGGCUAUGCGAGUAGCAGUAAGAUAAUUGGAAGUAUGGUGAAGCCCUUAGAUCUCACGAUUGCCCCAGAAGGCAUCCACAUUCGCGUUGAAGAUUUGGAAGAGACAGAUCAUAACGAGAGUAUGGUGUGGAUCAGUAAGGAUCCCAAAGAUGUCUUGAGAAUUGCCGGUUUGGAUUUCAGAAUCGUGAACGGUAGAUUUAAGACCAAGGAAGAGAAGUGGGUGCCUGGGCACUACCCUGGCUACCGGUUUACUAUAGGCUCUUCAGAUACUGUGAAUUCCGAAAACAGCGGCGAAGGAAACAUUACACAAGACCUCGAAACAUGGUACAAGCAUACCAGGUCCGCCGUCCGUGACAAAGUCUUCACCACGUUCCCCAACACUGCAGAACAGUACUACACCAAACGGGCCGCCCAUCGCAAAAGGCUUGAAGAACAGCAAUUGGCAAGUCUAAUCAUGAAUGCCAUACCCAUCGGCACAAACGGAUGGGAAGCUGCAGUGGCAUCAGUCAACCUCACAUUCACGCAUACACCCCUCGCACCACCUGAUCUCGAGCCCACCGCCUCCCACGAAACACCACAUCCAUCAUUGGACUUCGUAACCCCUGUCAUCACAUACAGCAACACCCUUUCCCCCACCCAACCCAAAACUAUCCACCUACCCCCUCUCCCCCGUCAACCCCCAAUCUCAUUCUCCCCGCGCCCUCCACCACCCAGCAUGUCCAUCGAAGCCAAACUCGCCUGUCUCUCACGCUGGACGCACUUCGACCUUUCCACCGGCACACCGUAUAUGCUCUGCACGCCACGUCCCAAGGAAGAGAGUAUAUGCUGGACGGAUGCAAUCUACGCGGGUGUGAGUGAGGAAGUGCUGCUGAGGUGGGCGAAGGAAGAGUGGUGGCGGGUUUGGGCUAGGCAGGGUGUGGUUAAUUAUGUGGGGAUGUGGAGGGUGAGGUUUGAGAAGGAGGAUAAGAAGAGUGCCAAGGGAAGGGAGAAAGAUAAUGGUGGAGAUAGGUUGAGGGUUAGGGAGAGGUUGCAGGUUGUUAAUAGGAAGUUGGGAUUCUUGACGGCUUGA